GCGCGACUCCUGGGCGUUGCCUUGCCGCUUGACGUCAGCAAAAGGGCAAGAAGUUCGCCUAUGGCGGCUUUAGACUUAGGGCAGAGCGGCGGUGAUGAAGUCGGGGAAGUGACGUCAGAGGGCGGGCAGGCAGGAACUGAGAGGGUACCAGACCUUUCCAGAAACGAGUGCUUGUGAGUCCAGAGGAUCCUGUGUGCUGCUGACACUGUGAUUCUCCCAGCUCUCCAUUUCCUGCUACAAAAUGGUAGACUACAGCGUGUGGGACCAUAUUGAAGUGUCUGAUGAUGAAGAUGACACUCACCCCAACAUCGAUACGGCCAGUUUAUUUAGAUGGCGCCACCAGGCCCGGGUUGAGAGGAUGGAACAGUUUGACAAGGAGAAAGAGGAGCUUAUGAAGGGAGCAGGCGAAUGCAAAAAGAAACUAUCAGAGUGUCAGAAGAAGCUGAAGGAGAUGGAGGUCCAGGAUAGAGGUGGAACCGAUGUUGAGAAGUUUAAGCGUGAUCUGGAGCAACUGAAAAAGGAGGAGAAGUCUUGGAAGAAGAAAGAAGAUGAUCUAAGGAAAAAAGAAAAAAAUAUGCCGUGGAAUGUGGACACCUUAAGCAAAGAGGGAUUCAGUAAGAGUGUUUUCAAUGUCAAAGACGAAAAGAAAGAGGAUUCGGAAGAACAAAAAGAACAGAAACACAAAACAUUUGUGGAAAAAAACUUGAAGCAACUAAAACAUUUUGGAAUGCUGCACCGAUGGGACGACAGUCAAAAAUACUUAUCAGAUAACCCUCACCUGGUGUGCGAAGAAACUGCUAAUUACCUUGUCAUAUGGUGCAUUGAUCUGGAAGUGGAAGAGAAACACGCCCUAAUGGAGCAGGUAGCCCAUCAAACUAUAGUCAUGCAAUUUAUUCUCGAGCUGGCCAAAAGCUUGAAAGUGGACCCUAGAGCAUGUUUCCGACAGUUCUUCACCAAGAUCAAGACUGCCGAUCAGCAGUACAUGGAUGCUUUUAAUGACGAACUGGAAUCUUUCAAAGGCAGAGUGAAAGAACGAGCCAAAAUUCGGAUAGAGAAAGCCCUGAAAGAGUAUGAGGAAGAGGAGAAGAAGAAGAGACUUGGACCAGGGGGACUCGACCCAGUUGAGGUUUAUGAAACGCUUCCUGUUGCUCUCCAGAAAUGCUUCGAUACAAAAGAUAUUCAGCUGUUACAGGACACAAUCAGCCAAAUGAAUCCUACUGAAGCUAGGUAUUAUAUGAAGCAGUGUAUUGACUCAGGACUUUGGGUUCCGAACUCCAAAGUGGCAGAUGGUGAGGAGCCUGGCGAGCCGGAAGCCGAACCAGUGUAUGAAGAGGCCAAAAGGGAUUCAGCUGAUCAGAAGGAAGAAUCCUCAUAAGCACUGGAACAUGUCACUGCAAAAUAAAAUGUAUUCAAAUAUUAGCAGAUCCUCACCCGUGGUAGAAGAAGGUGCCUUGCUAGUUCUCUUCACCCGUAGGAGGCUUUGCUCAAACAUUUCACCUCUCCUUUUUAGAUUUUGGAACCGGAAGUAAAAUAACAAAAUGUAUUGUACUACUUGUGACUUUUAAAUAAUCAAAGAGAAUACCUUGCCCCGUGUAGAAUAGAACAUUCCUAAACUUGUGAGGGGUGAUAUUGAUAACCUAACCUUAUUGUCUAUAAAUGCUUGCUUAAAUGCUGAAUUCCUGUAAAGUUAGAACGAUUGGCUACCUCUCAAUUAAAAGCAAUUGAUUUUUUUUUUAUAGCAUUUCGUAUUGUAUGUUUUAUAGUCAAAAUGUAAUUUUGUCAUGUUCAAAUGUUAGCUGUUUGCUGAAAAUAUCUUGGAUUUCAGUUCUACACAUCUCUAUUAAAUUCACAGCUGCUUGUUUCUUGAUGUAUAAAGGUUUACGUCUAAAUUAAUCAUGGCAGACUUUUUGUUUUAUUUUUCUCUUUAUUU